AUGCUUCGUUUAACUUUUCGUAGUUAUAGUUGCUACGCUCCUGCUGUUGGAUGUGCCUUUUUACUAGACACUCUCUAUGGCUCCAAGUACAGUCCACAUAUUGGGAUGUGUAAUAUGCCGUAUGUUUACAUUAAAACUGUUCUCUUUUGCGUUUCUGGAAGGGAAAGAAGGGAAUUGCGGGAACUUGAGCGUAAUUAUGUGCAUGGCCUUAUUGAAUGUCUUCUCCCCAGUAACAGUUUGCAGGAUGAACAGACCAAAUUGGAGUUAAUGCAGUUUGUGGGAGCCAUGCCAUCCCGCACAAGUGGUGUCUCUGCUGCAACCCCAACAGCCACAACAGUCUCUGAUAUGCAUAGACGAAAUGAAGCCAUAGCCGCAUUCCAAUCUUUAUCCACAACAACAACAACAUCAUCAUCAUUAGGAUCAACAGGGCCCGUACGUAGUGGUAGUAGUAAUACUAGUAGUAGUAAUAGUAAUAAUACUAGUAAUAGUGGUGGUAGUAGUGGUAAUAGUGGUAGUCCACAAGUAUUAGAGAAUAUAGCGUCUUUGCUUUCAGGGGCUCUAUUGCCGGCGGCGUUAGCACGUGUAUUAUUAUACGAUGCGGUGUGUGUUUGUGUAGCGGAUGGUGAGUAUGAUGACGGCGAGAGAGAGAGAGUCUCGCAGGUGGCGGCCAAACUUGGAAUUCCCCAUCAUGUGCGAGAGGCGAUUGAGAAGGUUGCCGUGCAGCAGCAGCAGUUGUCUAUACGGAAGCGGCAUUUACUACUUGGGAAUGAUACCCCACCACUGCGGUGA